AUCCGCCCGUCGAGUCUGCAAGAUCCCGCACGUGCCGACCGAGCCUCGGAAUCAUAUCCUGCGCUCCUGAAUCGGCGGCCCGCCACGAAGACGCUCUACGAACAACACUCUAUAUCGCAUCUACAGCGCCAGAUCACAACAAUAGAGAGCGAAAAUGUCUGGACUCGACGCCCCCGAUAUCGUGGCCGCCUACGACGAUGUGCGCAACGACAAGCUCGAGACCAAUUGGAUGCUCCUCUCGUACGCGGGCGCCGUGGGCAACAAGCUGGCCUUGACGCAGACUGGAACCGGCGGCCUGAGCGAGCUUGUCGCGUCCCUGAGCGACGACGGGGUGCAGUACGGCUACGUGCGGAUCGAAUAUGCCAACGACAAGGAGAGCACGCGGGUCAAGUUUGUGCUGGUGAUUUGGAUCGGCAAGAACACAAAGGUGAUGCGAAAAGCGCGCGUCAGUGUCGAGAGCAGCGAGGUCAAGAAGGUACUUGCGCAUCACCACCUGGCCGUGACGGCGGAGGAGGAGUCAGAGCUCAAGGAGGACGACCUUGUGAAGCUGCUGAGAAAGUCUGGCGGCGCGGAUUACAAUGGUGGACGGGGUUAACUGUAUAGCUGUGAAGAGGAGCUUAAUUUGGAAAGGGAGAGAGGGGAAGAGACGAAGCAGAGAAAGGAGAUUAGACACCAGGAUAGAUGGAUAGAUGGAUGGACGCGAAGGAGGAGAGGGAGCUCAAAAAAGCUGGAUAUCAAUAUAGACUAUAUAUACGCAAUUUGUACUUAGCGGAUUUGCAUCAAGACACUGACGAC